AUGAAUACUAUUGAUUCUCAUCAACAAUUUAAAUAUGAAUAUAUUAUUGGUACAUCUUUGUCAAAUGUUCUUCAACGUUCGAAUCAAAUCAAUUCAAAUCUUGAUACAAAUAAAGAACAUCAUGUAUUACAUUAUAAAGAAAAUUAUACACCACCUAUUCCAAUAACUGAACAACCUGAAAAACAACAACAACAACAACAACAGCUUCAAAUAAUUGGUUCAGAUUUUAAUUCAAAAAUAUCUAAUCAUCAAUUAUCAUCGAAACAUGUUUAUUCUUCUCUUGUUCCAAAAUUUAAAUUAUCAAGAGUUGAUCAAACUAUGUUACAAUUACCAAAACGAACAACGUUUUUGGCUAAUAAAAAAACACAAAACAAUAUGUAUCCAAGAACAUGGAUUUCGCAAGGUUCUCUUCCAGUCAAUAAUACAACGUCGAAUAAAUUACCUGUUAUUUCUUCAAAUCAUCGUCAAAAUGCGGCUACACAAAAUUCUGUUAAUAAAUCGAUCAUGUUACAACGAACACAAGCAAAUGCAACAUUAAAUUCAGCUAUAACAAUUUUGAAAAAAACAUCUACAAAUAAUAAUCAAACAUCACCGAGAUUAUUCAGAAAAAUUCAACAAUCGAGUAAUACUACAGGACGGGAUACAGCACCACUUAAAUUACCUCCAUUAUCGAAAAAAUUAUCAUCAGUUAUUAAAUCAAAGUCAACAGAUAAUAUUCAAGAUUCACUACGUUUUCAUGCAUCUUCGUCAACUCCCAUAAAUCGACUUGUCUUACAACCUACACCAGUUCUACCAAUUUACACAUCAAAUUAUCCAGUAACAUUAUUUACUCAACAACAACAUUUACCAGUAGUAAAAGAUCGUAUGAUCAAAGCUAAUCUAACACAAAAAGCGAAUUUUAAAUGUAAAUCACCGCCUUUCUUCCGAUCAGAAAGUUCGCUUAGUCGAUCAACAGUUACAGUAGUAGCUACUUCUCAAAUACAAACAAAAUCAAACAAUCCACUUAAACAUAUGAUUGCAAGUUCAUUACUUAGCGAAGCAGAUCGUAAUAAAUUAAAUCGAUUAUUUCAACAACUUGAUACAGAUAAAGAUGGGUAUGCUAAAGACUACUUUUUAAAACAUCAUUAUUUACAAAAAAAUUCUAGGCAUCUAACAUAUACUCAAGUACAAAAAUGUUUACCAUCCAAUUUACCUCGUGCUCAAGAAACAUUCUUUCGUGCAUUAUAUGAUAUAACAAGUGAUAUAACUUAUUUUGGUUUACAAGAAUUUUAUACUACAGCUGUACUUGUUAAUAUGAUAGCUGAGCAAGAUUCACAUAUAUGGAAUACAUUAUUAGAUGAUGUUGAUUUUAAUUAUUAUCAUGAUGAUAUAGUUGAAUUACUCGAAGAAUUUGAUAGUCGUUAUUCACCUGUAACAUCAACAAUAAAUUUUGAUAAUCUUGUUGCAUUAAUUAUGAAUCGAACAACAAAUGGUAAAUAUGAACGUAUUACAAAAGAAUUAGAAAAUCUUAUUUCGACAAUAAAAAUAAUGAAAUUUACUCGAUUAGAAUUUAUUGCACUUAUACCAAUUAUUAUUUAUAUUGAAUCAUGUCUUGAUCAAGGAAAAGCAUUAUUUCGUUUUAAUGAUAACUCUAUACUUGAUUUACAUAUACAAAAAGCAUUAUUAAUUUAA